AUGGGGCAGACCGUUCCCCGUUACGCCAUCUUGUCUCACACCUGGGGGCCAGAUCAUGACGAAGUCACCUUCACAGAUCUCGGCAAAGACAUAGACACAUACACUUCCAAGCCAGAUACCUGCUGCAUCGACAAAUCGAGCAGUGCAGAGCUCACCGAAGCAAUCAACUCUAUGUUUGCCUGGUACCGCGACGCUGCUCGAUGCUAUGUCUAUCUUUCUGACGUUUCAGCCGGCACCCCAAUUAGUGGAUCAUCAGACCAACAAGAAUGGUACCCUGCUUUCCAGCAAAGCAGAUGGAUGGCGAGAGGGUGGACGCUUCAAGAGCUAUUGACUCCCGCAUCUGUUAAAUUCUUCUCAGUCGAAGGACAUCGACUCGGUAACAGAUACUCGCUUUUGCAGGAACUCCACAGUAUCAUUGGCAUAAGCAUCAAAGCUCUUCAAGGGGGUUCAUUGGACAGAUUCAGCGUUGAAGAGCGCCUGUCGUGGGUGGGACGACGGCAGACGAAGCACGAAGAAGACAUGGCAUAUUCACUUCUGGGUAUCUUUGAUGUACAUAUGCCACUUAUAUAUGGGGAAGGUCGGAAGAAGUCCUUUGCCCGACUGCGCAGGGAGAUCAACUUAUCCGCAAAUGGAGGGCCUUUGGAUAUACCUCAGAGCAACAUCCCAAAAGACCAAAACCAAGCGUCCAUGAUGUACAAUACACCUGUAUUCAAUGGGCUUAUAUCAGGCCAUUAUGUGGUACCAGGAACUCAUGUCACAGGCGGUACAGUCAACUUUAACUUUGGCAAAGAACGUGAUGUUUGCCGUUGA